UUGCUGAAUUUGCUGUUUCAUUUACAAAAUCCAUACUUGAAAGUUUCGGUGCCUCUGAAAUUUCAUGGAAAAGUAAGGAAACCUGCUGCACAAUUGCCACCGGGUGGUGCAGGGAAAUGUCCAACUACAUGAUGUACCUGCUGUUUGCAAAACCAGAGAUGCUAAUGGCCGGCACAAGGAGGAAUCUGUUCUUAGUGGCCUACGGCCAGCUCAAGGAGAUCCUCGAGGACCAAGAGCUGCAGCAACAACCUGUGGCGGAAAGAGCAAUUGCACAGAAAAUAAUCACCAAGGUCAAGGAGUCACCAGGAGGGGGGUCUUUCGUCCAUGAUGCCUGGGAUCUCGCUGAAGCAUUGUUGGCUAUACCCAACGAGAAGGAGAUGUGGGAGGUGAUCCAAGGCGUGUGGGUGGAGAUGCUCUGCUUCUCUGCCAGCAGGUGCCGAGGGUACCUGCACGCCAAGAGUCUGGGUACCGGUGGGGAGUUGCUAACCUUCGUGUGGCUCCUGUGGUCGCACAUGGGGAUGGAAACCUUGGCGGAGAGGAUGCAGGGGACGGACGUAGAGCUUCCAGCUGGUGGAGAUGGAGAUGGAGAAGGAGAAGGAAUUGCUAGCGCUUUCCAUCUGGGAAAUCGAUUCACCAGUGCUGGGAUUUCCAUGGCCAGCGCCAUCGUAGAAGACGACGAAGAGGAGUUGAUCGAUGCCAUGCUCGCCAUCGGAGAAGACGGCUAAGAUGUUUGAUGCAGUUCGCAGUUGCUUCUAUAUGGACUAUGGAGGGAGUCCAUCGUCGUCCCUGUGUUUACUUCCACUCCUAAGCUAGUGUUCCUUGUUAUUUUCUCAGAUGUCUCUAGAGUUCAUCUCGAUCAGUACCAUGCUCCUGCAUGCGUGUGUUUGACUGUUGUUGUUGUUCUCCUCUCCAGUCCACUCCUAGCUAAGCUAGUGUCAUGUUCUGUAACUGAACAAAAAGCUACUCCAAUGUGUUUGUUUCCUAUUUACACUA